AUGGCGGGUUGUCCAAAAGCGAGUGAUUUUAAUAAAAUUGGCGUGGCCAAUAACUCUACGCAAAUCAGAAAAUCUGUACAAUAUGCUAAACCUGGUCCUUUCACGAAAUCGAAACUUUUUCAAGACUGUCCGGAAGCGGAUAUACGUGUGCUUAAGGAUGCUGCUGCAAAAGUCGUUUCUCAGCCCGUAUCAGCAUUACUUCAAGAGCCAUUGUCUGCAAAGUGGUCUCACUUAACAACAGGUUGCACAGCUAUAGAUAAUUGUCUGCGUGGCGGAGUCGUAACGCGUGGUAUAACAGAAAUUUGUGGAUCAUCAGGGGUUGGAAAGACGCAGCUGCUGCUUCAAUUAUCACUCACAGUGCAACUGCCUACCGAGCUUGGUGGCUUGAACAAAGCAGUCGCCUUCAUUUGCACUGAAGAUACUUUUCCCUCGAAGCGGCUUUUUCAGUUAUCAAAAGUAUUUGAAAAGCGUUUUCCAGAAAAGUCGAUCAACUAUAUGGGAAAUAUUUAUAUUGAACAUGUGCUGGAAGCGAAUGACCUAUUAGAAUGUAUGGGUGUGCGCUUAGCAAAGCUAAUGGAAUCGCUUAACAUUGGCCUUAUUGUAAUAGAUUCUGUCGCAGCAAUAUUUCGAACUUACAACAACUAUAUCAAGCGUGCUCAGGACAUGCGCAAAUUGGCAAAUCACCUGUUGCACUACGCUGACAAAUAUAACUGUGCUGUGAUUUGUGUGAACCAAGUCGCUACUGUUAGUGAAGCUGCGAAGGAAACCCCGUGCUUGGGCUUAGCGUGGGCACAUUUGGGGCGCACACGACUCAAGCUUUCCAAGAUACCAAAGGAAGUGAAAAUCAACGGCGAUUUAUUCACAGUGCGUCGAUUUGAAAUUGUAUAUUCACCAGAGACACCGAACGAAAUUGCCGAGUUUUUAAUUACUGCCGGUGGUGUUGUCGAUGUACCUAUUUAGUAAUCUAAUUAAUUUAUUUAUUCAAUUGGCAUAGUUUUUUAUUUUAUUUUUUGUAUUGUGUUUUCGCAUAGCUAUUGUUAAGCUUACAAUGCUCCUGUUUUGUACAUUCAAUAAAUAGUUAAAGUUUUAA